AUGGAGGUUGACCCUCCAUCAUUGACAAACUGCCCAUCUGUUGUGGUCAGUGGGGGUCCUGGGGGCCCUUCAGGACUCAAACGCUCAAAUAGUGCCCCGAUGAUCAAUAUUCUUACCACAUCUACUGUGGAUUACAGCACUUCUCUGUUCAAACAGGAAUCUAAAGUGAGACGAUUCAGCUCAAGUAAUAUGUCAUUAAAUAAUCUUAAUUCCAAUUUAAAAUUUCCUGACCGAAUAAACCAGAUCAAAAGAGAAGAGAGUCAUUUGUCGGACAGAGAAACUGAACAUGAAAGACAAAUUCAGAAUGCAAUAACUAUGUCUUACUCUUGGGAAGACUUCACCCUGGAGGAACCAAUGUUACCUGAGCGAAGGCCACGGUCUUGCAGUGAGUCACUGUCCAUUAUUACACCCCCAGCUAUGGCCUGUGGAUCUCCCUCACCACCCAGAGUUGGCAAGCAAUGUUUUUCUCCCUCCAUGCAAGUCCCUGUGAAAAAUGUUGCAUUUUUGUCUAGCCCAACGCACAGUCCCAGCACUAAGCCAUUGAUUCGGAGUAUGAGUCCAAUAGCUCGUUACAGUCCUUUGGGGAAAAGGAAAUCGGAAACUAGUGAUGGAGACCGCUAUGAUAAUUACUUGACACCUCCGAAACGUCUGAACACUGGCCCAAGCACUGCCCCCGUCCGGAUUAUAGCCUCUUCUCAUCCAAAAUUCCUUCCGAUGUCCUCUACAAAUAGCAUGGAUGAGUGUAGCAGUCCAGAGCAGAAUUUGUCAACCCGGGUGCCAAGCAUUUCUUCCCCAAACACAUUGAGCCCUCUUCAAUCCAAACCUGCUUCCAUUUUUGGAUUCACACCUGUUAGAGAUUCUCGUGAUAUGACAACCACCGAUUCUGAGAACUCAGACAUGACCGAGUCGACAGAUAUAAUUAGUUCCCAAAUAAAUAAAUCCUGUUUGUGUGUGUCUGUCUCUCUCUCUCUCCAUCUGUCUGUCUCUCUCUCUCUCCAUCUGUCUGUCUCUCUCUCUCUCCAUCUGUCUGUCUCUCUCUCUCUCCGUCUGUCUGUCUCUCUCUUCUCCCGUCUGUCUGUCUCUCUCUCUUUCUCUGUCUGUCUCUCUCUCUCUCCAUCCGUCUGUCUCUCUCUCUCCCCUGUCCGUCUAUCUCUCUCUUUCUCCGUCUGUCUGUCUCUCUCUCCGUCUAUCUCUCUCCCCCCUCCGUCUAUCUCUCUCUCUCUCCCCCCUCCGUCUAUCUCUCUCUCUCCCCCUCCGUCCGUCUCUCUCUCUUCCCCCUCCGUCUAUCUCUCUCUCCCCCCCCCGUCUCUGUAUCUCUCUCCCCCCUCCGUCUGUAUGUCUCCCCCCGUCUGUAUGUCUCCCCCCCCCGUCUGUAUGUCUCUCUUCCCCGUCUCUCUCUCUACGUCUGUCUGUAUCUCUCUCUCUCUCUCACGCGCUCUCUCUCUUUAUAUAUAUAUAUGUAUAUCCUUGUCUUUGUAUACAUAA